CGCCUGCCCUUCCCUCUGCAGAGCUUUCUCCCUCCCUUCACGAGCCUUAUUUCUCUCUCUCAGUCUCCAUAUCUAUUUCUUCCCCUCUUCUUCCCUCCUCCCCUGCUUCUCUCCUCCUUGUCAUCCCUCCACAGCCCCAGAAUGGGUCUCCCCGCCUUCCUCCCUCUCAGGCUGCAUCUCCCCCCUCCUUAGUGCUCACCCCUGCACCUCUUUCUUUGUAUUCUUCUCACCCUCUCUCAGCCUCGCCAGCAUCUCUCCUCCCCCGCCCGGCUUCAGCCUCCCCCUGCCUCCCCAUCUUCAACUCAGUCUCCUCCCCCUCGCUCCUCUUCCCUCCCCUCCGCCUCGCCCCACUCUCAGCCCGCAUGCCAGGAUUUCUCUCCUCCCUGGGGGUCUCAGUGCAUCUCCUUCUCCUCUCUGCCUGCCUCCUCCCUCACCGAAGGGUUAGCGGACACCCAUCCUUUUCUGCUUGGGGACCCCACCACCACCCGCAUCACUGCCUCUAUCUCUUCUUCACCGUAUCCUCCUCUACCCACCCUCUUCUCUUUUCUUUUCUCCCUGCCCCUUUAAAUCUGCCUGGCCCAGCCUCCCCCGUGAUGCUGGGAUGGAGCAAACAUUGAUUUGUGCUGGGAUGGAAUCGGAAUUUUGAUUUAUUUUUCCUCUCCCAACCAUAAGAAGAAAAAAAUAAUAAAAACACCCCCUCUUGAUAGCCCCCUCCCCCUUUGCAUCCAGCUCCCAGCUCUUCUUCCCUAUCUCCAUCCAAGGCAGAUUUUUUCCCCUACACUAUUCUCAUCUUCCCCCACCCCUGCCACUACCUCGCCCCCCCACCCAGCCUGCUCCUCCAGCGGGGAGAGAGGGGACUCUCCGGACUCCCCCACCUUUCCUCUCUGGGUUGGAGCAGUCUCUCCGGAAGGGGAGGGGGCUUGGCUUGUCCGGGCGAGGUGGGAGUGGAGGUAUCCUGCCAUGGAUGCUGUGCCGGGGAGGCAGCCUGAGCCCCAGCCCACAUGCCACUCAGGAUGAGGGUCCGGCCCUGCCUGCCCUCGCUGGGGCCCCCCCGCCCGGCCCCGGUCUAACUGCCCCCGCCCCCAGACCUCGCCCGGCUCCAAGGCCCCCAGCCGGCUCUCCAGCCCCAGGAUGCGCUGAGCCGCCGGGGGGCUGAGGCCGCGCCAACUACAUGCAUGUCCCCCGGGGGCAAGUUCGACUUUGACGACGGGGGCUGCUACGUGGGGGGCUGGGAGGCGGGGCGGGCACAUGGCUACGGCGUGUGCACGGGCCCCGGCGCCCAGGGCGAGUACAGCGGCUGCUGGGCACACGGCUUCGAGUCACUGGGCGUCUACACGGGGCCCGGUGGACACAGCUACCAGGGCCACUGGCAGCAGGGCAAGCGCGAAGGGCUGGGCGUGGAGCGCAAGAGCCGCUGGACGUACCGCGGCGAGUGGCUGGGCGGGCUGAAGGGGCGCAGCGGCGUGUGGGAAAGCGUGUCCGGCCUGCGCUACGCCGGGCUCUGGAAGGACGGUUUCCAGGACGGCUACGGCACCGAGACCUACUCCGACGGAGGCCCCGACGGCUCCCGCGAGGAGGGCAAGUACAAGCGCAACCGGCUGGUGCACGGAGGGCGCGUCCGCAGCCUCCUGCCUCUGGCCCUUCGGCGGGGCAAAGUUAAGGAGAAGGUGGACAGGGCUGUCGAGGGCGCCCGUCGAGCCGUGAGCGCUGCCCGUCAGCGCCAGGAGGUCGCCGCUGCCAGGGCAGCAGACGCCCUCCUAAAGGCAGUGGCAGCCAGCAGUGUCGCUGAGAAGGCUGUGGAGGCAGCUCGAAUGGCCAAACUGAUAGCCCAGGACCUGCAGCCCAUGCUAGAGGCCCCAGGCCGCAGACCCAGGCAGGACUCAGAAGGUUCCGACACGGAGCCCCUGGAUGAGGACAGCCCUGGGGUGUAUGAGAACGGACUGACUCCCUCAGAGGGAUCCCCUGAACUGCCCAGCAGUCCUGCCUCCUCCCGCCAACCCUGGCGACCCCCUGCCUGCCGGAGCCCACUGCCUCCUGGAGGGGACCAGGGUCCCUUCUCCAGCCCCAAAGCUUGGCCUGAGGAGUGGGGGGGGCCAGGCGCACAGGCAGAGGAACUAGCUGGCUAUGAGGCUGAGGAUGAGGCUGGGAUGCAAGGGCCAGGGCCCAGAGACGGUUCCCCACUCCUUGGAGGCUGCAGCGACAGUUCAGGAAGUCUUCGAGAGGAGGAGGGGGAGGAUGAAGAGCCCCUGCCCCUGCUGAGGGCCCCAGCAGGCACGGAGCCUGAGCCCAUCGCUAUGCUGGUCCUGAGGGGCUCGUCCUCGAGGGGUCCUGAUGCUGGGUGCCUGACAGAAGAACUCGGGGAGCCUGCUGCAACCGAGAGGCCUGCCCAGCCGGGAGCUGCCAACCCCCUGGUGGUGGGAGCCGUGGCCCUCCUGGACCUCAGCCUGGCGUUCCUGUUCUCCCAGCUCCUCACCUGAGGCUACUUCCUGGCCUGGUUCUGGCUUUGGUUGCGUGCCUCUUCACCCCUUUGACCUGCCUUUUUUCUCUUCUCCUCUUCCUGGCUGUGUUUUUCCUAUCUUUCUUUCUCUUCUUCCUUUCUUUUCUGUGCUCCUUUGUUUUUUUUUCUCUCGCUUUCUCUUUCCCUCUCUUCUUUCAGAUUAUCUCAUUUCUUCUGGAUCUGUCUCUGUAUUCCUCACUCCCUUCCCCAUUCCAACCCCUUCUUUCUCUAGAUUGUUUACAUAUGAAGGGCUUUUCUCUCUCAGAGUUGCUGUCUUCUCUGAGACACACAAAUCUAAGUCAGACCAUUGCCCCACGCCCUCCCACCUUUUCUUUAGACCUCAACUUCGAUGCGGGUGGGGGUUUGGUGUCCUAAGGAGACUCCUGGAAGCUGAAUGGAGAGGAGGAGGAAGAAAAUGAAGAAGGAGUGAUUGAAUGCCGGGCAAGGGACUGGCUGCGCUGCUGUGGCUCCCUAGCCUGAGGGGCCUGCUGUCCCUCUGAGACCUAGUGAAAAAGCUGCAGGAGGUGCAUCCUCCACCUCUAAUCUUGGAGGCUAUUAGCUCACCUCCAAGCACUGAGCUGGGUUCCUGCCCAAUUCCAUCCUUCCCUGAGGGAGAGAAGGGAAGUGAAAAGUAGAAUAACUCCCUACCAUUUCCCUCUUUUUCUCCUCAUCGGCCAGCCCCUCCUCCAGCCCCCUCUGGUGGCAUGCCAUGCCAAGAGCAACGUGUAAAGGAACAGAGAAUAUCCAAUGCAGUCAAGUCCACCCCGCCCAGACUUUGCCACUGCCUUCUCCCACCCUUCUGUCUCCCCCACAAUAGUUUAUUUGGUUGGUCUGGACUCACUUGUGGCCUUUGAUUAAAUUCCUAAGGGGCCUGAAGAAGACAUUUCUACUGCAGAGGGUUAGAGGCACUUGAGCAAGGCCCCCACACCCCAACUCUGGGAGUUGUGGUCGGGGGAGGCACUUCUUGGGGAUAGGACCAGACAAGAUAACAGGAGCUCACAAGGAAGCAGAAGCUGUGACAAGUUUAGUAGUCUCAAAAUGGGUUAUGUCCCUUCCCCCUUCACAUCAGAAUCUUGUGAAAUGGGAAAACAACAGAAGGAGGGGAUCAAAGAAAGCUGAUCUCACAUGCUUCCCAGGCAGGGCAGAGGUGGGAGUCAAACCUGGGUGACAGGUGGGUGGAGAGCCCUGUUUGAGGUUGUGGCUGAUCCCUCUCUGGUAUUAGCUUUUCCCCUGGGAGCAGGAAGCCCUAGGAAGAGGGGACUGUAGGGUCCCCAGGGGAUCUUUCCUCCCUCCCCUGCAUGAGGCAGAGGCAAGCUGCCUGCCAACCCCCUCCCUCAAGGAAUGGCCUUGCCCGGGAAUGCCCACCACACAUACCCUCUUUUUUUCUAGUCAAACUCUGUUUAUUCCUUGGCUUGCCUCCCUCCUUCCUCCCCUCUCAACCUUUACUUCUGAUUUCUAUUUCAUGGAAUUUGGGAUUGAAGUUAAACUACAACAGUGCCGCCAACACCAAGUCUUGCAGGAAAAAAAUACAAAGAAAUUUAACAAAAAAAAAAUAUAUUAAUAAAAAAGUUCAAAAAA